CUGGAACAAGAAGGGGGAGGGGAUGACAGCUGCUCUGCGUGUGACGUCAUGACGCUGGAAGAGCGGAGGCGAUGAGAGGAAACUGCAAUAAACACAGAGGGCGUCUGCGCCUAUCUAUCUAAAUAGGACAAUAAAGUGAAAACGGCUUCAAUGCUCUAACGAUGGAUUUGUCACACCCGCUCCUCCUCAAAGUUUUUCUCCUCGUGUGCUUGUCAAACUACACCCACGGACAUUAUAGGAAUCCUUUGAACAAGUACAUCCGUCACUAUGAAGGCUUGUCCUACAACACAGAGGCUGUUCACAGCAAGCAUCAAAGGGUCAAGAGGGGUCUUUCUCACGAGGACAAGUUCCUUCAUUUAGAUUUCCAUGCACAUGGAAGGCAUUUUAACUUACGAAUGAAGAGGGAUACCAGAUUGUUUUCCCCAAAUCUGAAAGUGGAAGUUUCAGGAGAAGAGAUUCCAUAUGAUACGUCUCACAUUUACACUGGAGAAAUCUAUGGUGAGAAAGGAACUCUAACUCAUGGUUCCAUCGUGGAUGGUAAGUUUGAGGGCUUCAUACAGAGUUACCAAGGCACCUACUAUGUGGAGCCCUCUGAGAGAUACCUGGAGGACAAAGAUGUGCCCUUCCAUUCUGUCAUCUACCAUGAAGAUGACAUACACUAUCCACACAAGUAUGGCCCAGAGGGAGGCUGUGCUGAUAGUUCCGUGUUCGAAAGGAUGAAGAAGUAUCAAGCCUCUGCAUUAGAGGAGCCGUCCAAGCAGGAGCUCCACGCUGAGGCGGAUGCUGACGGUCCUGUUCUGCUUAGAAAGAGGAGGAUGGCCCAGGCUGAUAAAAACACCUGUCAGCUUUUCAUUCAGACUGACCACCUCUUCUUCAAAUACUACAAGACCAGAGAAGCUGUCAUAGCUCAGAUCUCCAGUCACGUCAAAGCCAUCGAUGCCAUUUAUCAGGGCACGGAUUUCAUGGGCAUCCGUAAUAUCAGCUUCAUGGUGAAAAGGAUUCGGAUCAACACCACCACAGACGAAAAAGACCGCAGCAACCCGUUCCGUUUUGCCAACAUCGGGGUGGAGAAGUUCCUGGAGCUCAACUCGGAGCAGAACCACGACGACUACUGCUUGGCUUAUGUUUUCACAGACCGAGAUUUUGAUGAUGGGGUGUUGGGAUUGGCCUGGGUGGGAGCCCCCUCAGGGAGCUCUGGAGGAAUCUGUGAAAAAAGCAAGCUGUACUCGGAUGGAAAAAAGAAGUCGCUCAACACUGGUAUCAUCACUGUACAGAACUACGCCUCCCACGUCCCUCCGAAAGUCUCUCAUAUCACUUUCGCUCAUGAAGUAGGCCACAACUUUGGCUCCCCGCACGACUCUGGGUCUGAAUGCACCCCCGGAGAAUCCAAAAGCCAAGACAAGAAGGAGAAGGGAAAUUACAUCAUGUAUGCAAGAGCCACAUCCGGAGACAAACUCAACAACAACAAGUUCUCCAUCUGUAGCGUUCGCAACAUCAGCCAGGUGCUGGAGAAGAAGAGAGGCAACUGCUUUGUUGAAUCGGGCCAGCCCAUCUGUGGAAACGGCCUGGUUGAACUUGGAGAGGAGUGUGACUGCGGCUAUAGCGAUCAGUGCAGAGACCAGUGCUGCUACGAUGCCAACCAGCCAGACAACAAAAAGUGCAAGUUGAAGCCCGGCAAAGCUUGCAGCCCCAGCCAGGGUCCUUGUUGUACCGCUGAGUGCACUCACAAGGGAAAGAGUGAGAAGUGCAGGGAAGAGUCCGAGUGUGCUCACCAGGGCAUGUGUAAUGGAGCUAGUCCUUCCUGCCCCACGUCUGAGCCCAAGGCGAACUUCACAGCCUGCCACGGAGAAACGCAAGUCUGCCUCAACGGGGGCUGCUCCGGCUCCAUCUGCGAGAAGUACGGACUGGAAGCGUGCACCUGUGCCAGCCAAGAUGGCAAGGAUGAGACGGAGCUCUGCCAUGUUUGCUGCAUGGAGAAAAUGAACCCAAACACGUGCAGCAGCACCGGAUCAGAGCGCUUGGCUCGCUUCUUCAACAAAAAAGUAACCACGCUGCCAGCUGGCUCGCCGUGCAACGACUUCAAGGGCUACUGUGACGUGUUCAUGAAGUGCCGACUGGUGGACGCAGACGGACCGCUCGCCAGGCUAAAGAAGGCCAUCUUCAACCCAGAGCUCUAUGAAAACAUCGCCGAGUGGAUCGUGGCUCACUGGUGGGCGGUGUUGUUGAUGGGCAUUGCGCUCAUCAUGCUCAUGGCUGGUUUCAUUAAGAUCUGCAGUGUGCACACACCGAGCAGCAACCCCAAACUUCCUCCUCCCAAACCGCUUCCAGGCACUUUGAAGAGACGGCGAGCACAGCAGCACGCCAGCUCCCAGGUGCAGCACCAGUCCCAGCACCCUCAUGCCGGGCACGGCGGACCGCGGCAAGCCCGGGGCCAGCAGCAGCAGCGACAGGCGCAGCCACAGAGGCAUCACCGCCAGCCCAGAGAAAACUAUCAGAUGGGCCAGAUGAGACGCUAAGACCCCGCACCCACCCCCUUCUCCUCCCCCAAUGCCUUGGCUCUUCCGUGUGCCUACAGAGGGAAACAAAAGCGUCACUCCAUCCAAAGAAAAGCCUGACAUGGUUGUUAGUCAUCAUCAUAUCCACUACAGACAAACCAGACAUUUCAAGGAGAUAAAAACAAUAUCUAGCAACUUGAUUGGCUCUUUGGAGAGCGGACCUGACCAUCAGCCAUUUCCAGCGCAGUGGGAUUCAAGUGUUUUCCAUCUUUAUCUUGGUUUAUUUUAAUUCUUUUCUUUUAAGGAGUGCCAAGGAGUUAAGGAAUUGUGUAGCUUUAGUUCCUUCUGUGAUGUGUUUGGAAUGACAGAUGCUUCGUGGAGAUUUUUGGCACUUUGUGAGACGUAAGGAUGGAAAGCGUCUGAAGACCCAGGCUCCAGACUCCCAUGCAGACCCUCCUCUGCAUGUGACUGUACAUAUUUAGUGUAUCAUAAGUGAAAGCAAACUAUUUCUUCUACUGUAAAUGUGUAAUUCUUCACUUACUUUUUUUUCAUUUUAUUUUUCAAUUAGUGCUCUCAGGAUUCUUAACACAUGUUGAAAUAUUGAUGAGCUCCUUGGACUUUACAGUCACAAGUUGCAGAGCUCUUUUCAAAGUCCAGUCAGGUGGAUUUUCAUUUUUAUUAGAUUAUUUUCAACCUAAAAUCCAUUGUAAUUUUCAUUUUUAGCGUUCUGUCUUCAUGGACCUUUACUCCCCGCCUCUCUUUUUGUCUUACUAACAUGUUUGCCCAUGCUGUAUAACAAGUCAGAGGAGAUAUGUCAUGACUGGAACCGAUUGGGAGCGUGUUUGGCACAUUUGUUUUAAUUUUUUUUUUGAUACAAAUAACCACUAACUGAAGAUGAAUUAGAUGUGGAGGGAGACUGAAGGUUGCUUUGGAUUCAUGUAGAAAUUAGUGUGAUGUUUCAUGGUUCGUUUAAAUAAGUGUGGAAAUAAAUUUUAAAAAUGAUUGAAAAAAAAGGUUAAGAUUAAGUCAUUCUAUUAUUCUUCAGAUAGCAAAUCUAAGAACUUUUCGAUGUGGGCAUGCAGACACAUUUAUUAAAUGUGACAAUGAAUUGAUCAGGGUCUGUAGUGUUUAUGUCACUCUACUUUCUUUGUUUUACUUUGAGACCCACUCAUGUUUGUCUUAAUGCAGUUGAGAAAGAAAGGUGUUUUUACUUGGAUUCACCGUGACGAUUGCGUCUCAUAAAGGACUAAAUCCCCUCCAGAGCUCACGAGUGCAGGAUGUUUACAUCAGCGUGCCAAAAACCUUCCUGAAGUUCAUCUUUUCUGAAACGCAGGAAACACCCGGAACGUUUGGAAAGCCGCAUCGUGCAAAAGAUCGGAAAAGGAGGUUUUACUUUUUUUUGUGUGUGUGUGGAAUCCUGCGAACUCCUUUCAGCAGAUUCUGAUGAAAACAAAAAUCAAAAAUAUGCAGAGCAAUUGGGAUAAUUUGUGCUGAUCGAUGAUGUGACAUUUCAUCCACAGAAUGUGAAGCACUCCACCUUUUUUUGUUUUCUUAAACAUGUAUGACAUAAGCAAAGAUUUUCUGUACUCUGGCUUUAAUUUUUUUUUUUUUUUUUUAUGCAUGCAAAAAUCAUCUGAAACUACUGUCGCUCAUCAUCACAUGUGCUCUGGAAGAAACCGCAGCAGGAAUGGGGAAGGUGGGCAGUUCUUUUGUCUGUACCUAUCUUUUUUUUUUUUUAAAUCAUGCCUCGGGCCUCAUCUGCCAGAAUUAACUUGUAAACUUGUACAGUACUUGUUGGGGGUGGGAAAUUGCAUUUUAUUUGAUAAUGAAAAAGAAACAUUUUGAUAACAUUUCUUUUCCUAAUUCCAGAGAAAACUGGUUCAAAAGUGACAAUUUAUUUCUUUUCCUAUUUUCUAAGUUAUUUAAGUUCUUCUAUGCUCUAGUUGAACUGCACUUUGCUUAUGCUUUUCACCACCAUCAUCAAUGGAGGGAAGAAAAAAAAACAAAUCUGUGAUGGAGUUAGUGUUACAUUCUCAUUUUUCUUUGUCUUAUUCUGUGGCAUGGUUUGGGUAGAAGAGCAGAUGCCUGUAAAAAUUACUUUCUCUUUUUAAUUUCAUAGUCUUGGUAAAGUUUUUAGAACGUGCACUGAAAAUGUCCAAAUUGAGUUGAAAUGUCGUAGGUGAUGUAGGCCGAACGAACACGAGAUUAAAAAGUUAAACUGCUGUCUGAUUUUAUUGUUCACUGUGUUUUAUACAGUAUCCAAAUUUUCUUUUUUUUUCCUUUUGUUCACUUUGAACAUUUUUACUAAAAUAAAAAAAACAAAAAAAUCUUUCAAAUUGUAUUGUGCAAAGAGAUGUAAUUUUUUGGAGUACUUGAAAUGCAUUAAAAGACUCGUUCUAAAUAAAAAUAGACCCAUGUUUACUGUC